CAUGCAUGAUACGGAGUAAUGUCACUUCUUAUGCUGCAUGCAUUAGAUUUUAGUCCAAAAAGACGAUGGGAAAAGUGUUGAUUUCAUGCACCAUGUUUCAUUUUUUUUUUUCUCCAUUAAUUUAUAAAUACUUCAUACAUUUCAAAAUCUACUUACAAAACAUAAUACCACAAAACAAUUUACCAAAAAAAAAACACUUUACCAAUGGAGGGUUUAGAGGCACCAACUUGGGCAGCCUAUGCAGUUGCAUGGCUAGUAGUUCUAGCCAUAGUACUCCUUACUAACCACAUUACCCGUCAAAAACUUAACCUACCACCAGGCCCGAAACCAUGGCCCGUCAUCGGGAACUUCAAUCUUAUAGGGCCCCUUCCCCAUUAUUCCCUCCAUGAGCUUUCUAAGAAAUAUGGCCAUAUAAUGAUGCUCCAAUUUGGGUCAGUCCCGGUGUUAGUAGGAUCAUCGGCGGAAAUGGCGAAAAAUAUCCUAAAGAAACAUGAUGAAGCCUUUGCUGGGAGGCCUCAAAAUGCUGCAGGAAAGUACACAGCGUAUAACUACUCCGAUAUAACAUGGUCUCAAUAUGAUCCAUACUGGCGCCAAGCACGAAAAAUAUGCUCGAUGGAGCUUUUUAGUGUAAAGAGGCUCGAUUCGUACGAGUACAUACGUGUAGAAGAGAUUAAAUCCAUGAUAAGAGGCAUAUUUAACACUAAGGGUGAGUCCAUAGUGUUAAAAGAUCACCUCUUUGCUAUGAACUUACAUGUGAUUACUAGGAUGGUGUUUGGGAAAAAAUACUUGGAAAAAAGUAAUGAAGAGACUAGUAAGGUAACAACACUAAAAGAAUUUAAAUUAAUGCUUGAAGAAUUGCUCUUGCUAAAUGGGGUGCUUAAUAUUGGGGAUUGGAUCCCCUUGUUUAAGUACAUUGAUGUGUAUGGUUAUGUGAAAAGGAUGAAGAUUUCGGCUAAGAAAAGUGAUAGAUUUUUGGAGUAUGUUUUGGAUGAACACAAUGCAAGAAGGAAGAAAGAAAAGGAAAAUUGGGAGCCUAAAGAUAUGGUAGAUGUAUUGUUACAACUUGCUGAUGAUCCUAAUAAUGAAGUUAAGCUUGAAAGAGCUGGGGUCAAGGCAUUUUGCUUGGAUUUAAUUGCUGGAGGUGCAGAAAGUUCAACGGUAAUAGUAGAGUGGGCAAUUGCUGAACUCAUAAGAAGACCUGACAUUGUUAAAAAGGCAAUUGAAGAGAUGAACCACAUAAUUGGGAAGGAAAGAUGGGUUCAAGAAAAAGACAUACAAAACUUACCUUAUAUUCGCGCAAUAGUAAAAGAAACAAUGAGGCUGCACCCAGUAGGGCCUUUGCUCGUGCCUCACUCGGCAAGAGAACAAGUUAAAAUUGAAGGCUAUGAUAUACCUAAGAGCUCCGUUGUGCUUGUAAAUACUUUCUCAAUACAUAGAGACCCUAAGGUGUAUGAAAGGGCUGACGAGUUUUGGCCUGAUAGAUUUAUUGGAAAUGAUAUCGAUGUCAAAGGUCAUAAUUUCGAGUUGUUGCCUUUUGGAUCGGGAAGAAGGAUGUGCCCUGGAUAUAGUCUUGGCCUUAAAGUUGUUGAGUCGAGUUUGGCUAAUAUUCUUCAUGGUUUUGCAUGGAAAUUGCCUGAUGACAUGAAGCCUCAAGAUUUGGAUAUGCAACAGAUUUAUGGUCUCUCAAAUCCUAAGAAGAUUCCACUUAGUGUUUAUGCUGAGCCUCGACUAUCUAACCAUAUUUACCAUUUGUGAAAUUUUAAGUUUUCUAUUGAACCUAAAGAAUCUAAACUUAAUCUUUCAAGUUGGGUUUUGGGUUACUAGGCUAGGGCCUUUUGUAAUUUCCUUGUUUUAAUAAUUAAUCGAGUGUGUAAACUACUGGUCAUGAUAAAAUAAGUAAACACUACCUAUG